AUGAACCAUAUCACUUCACCAUUUCUCUCAUUGAGCACAUCGUUCCGCUCCAGAAGCCCCAAAUCAAGCAGCGAUACCUCAACCCCAAGCUCAACAACAACCUCACCACCCUCCUCUCCAACAUCCACCCACUCGCCUCAAACCUCUCCACACCACCUCUUCAACCUCUCCUUUAACCCCUCCAAAGCCCACACCCACACAUUCCGAGGGCAACCCGAGAAUAUCGGGCACAACACUAGCCCCAGAAACCCAUCAACUCAGCCGCACCCAGUCUCCGUCUCCGACAUCCCCCACAAUGCCAACAGCGUGCUCCCAUGCGUUGUCCUACGCGGCCGCUCAGCAAUGGUUAUCCGCCGACGACCGUCUAAGAUCGACAUGGCAUUGAGCGAAGAGCGGUCGCGAUGUGAUGGGGACUCUAUUGAGAGACAGGGGUUGGGGCUGAUGGAGCCUCGGCCGGUGGAUCUGGGGAUUGGGGAGGUGAAACCUAACUUUGUGAUGGGCGGCAUCUUCGAGGUUAUGGAGGGGCGGGCUUAG